UCUUUCUCUCUCUCUCUCUCUCUCUCCCCCUCCCUCCCUAUCGCCGGUCCAUGAAAUCCGAGGGAUCCGCGGCAAGACACGCACAUAGGUGCGCGAGGAUUUCGUGUGGAUUUGCUCGUCUCGGUGGGUGAGGACGCGUCGUCGCCGUCGCCGUCGCCGUCGCGCUCUCGCGAGGCACGAGAGAGAGAGAGGCGCGCACAACUCUUCGGAUUGCCACACGCCGCGGCUGGUCCACCAGCCGCACGUCGCUCCGCUCCGCUGCCGUGGUGACGCGGUUUCUCCUUGAUGUGUACGACGACGACGACGAGGCGGAGGACGGUCGGUAGCCACGCGGUCGACGCUCUCGCCGGCGACACCAGCGUUUCGGAGUCGAGUGACACCUAGCAGUAGGAGAGCGUUCGCGCUGUGCGGGGACGCCGGGCUGGCGGAGUUUGAGACUAAGACUGAGAGAGCCCCUUCUCCUCGCGUACGUACUGGUGCCGGUGCUGGUGCUGGUGCUGGUGAUUUUGCACUAAUGUUGCUGCUCGUGUUGACGCUGAUGGUGCUGAGACGCGGCGAGUACUGACCACGCGCGCGACAAAGAAGGAACGAAACCGCAAGCGUUUCGUUUCGCCGCAUCUUCGGACCGCGUGACAACGCGUAACGACUUCCGGGACUUCCGCAAGCACGCGGAAUCAAGCAGACAGCGUGGAGCGCUCGGCGAUUGUGUGGCCGCGCGCCGCGGACCUUUAUCUCUAUCAGCCAGGUUGCGCGUUCCUCACCUACUACAGCCGUGACAGCGCAAUCAGCGCCCAGAACGCUCUGCAUGAGAAGCGGACUUUACCAGGGAUGAACCGUCCUAUUCAAGUGAAGCCGGCGGACAGUGAAAACCGCGGAGACAGAAAGCUGUUCGUGGGAAUGCUAAGCAAACAACAAACUGAAGACGAUGUCCGACAGUUGUUCACUGCCUUCGGCACAAUAGAGGAGUGCACCAUCCUCCGUGGACCCGACGGAAGCAGCAGAGGCUGUGCAUUCGUGAAACUUUCGUCGCACCAAGAAGCACUGGCGGCGAUAAACUCUCUCCACGGUAGCCAAACUAUGCCGGGUGCGUCAUCCAGCAUAGUGGUAAAAUUCGCAGACACUGAUAAAGAGAGACAACUAAGACGCAUGCAGCAAAUGGCCGGGAACAUGAGCCUUCUUAACCCCUUCGUCUUCAAUCAGUUCGGCGCUUACAGCGCUUACGCUCAGCAGCAAGCGGCGCUUAUGGCAGCCGCGACCGCACAGGGAACGUAUAUCAAUCCAAUGACAGCAUUAGCCGCCGGACAAUUGCCGCACGCAUUGAACGGCAUGCCAAACCCCGUAGUCCCGCCAACUUCCGGUUUGCUCGUAGGUACCGGCACAGGGCAACCGGUGAACGGGGCGAUACCGUCGUUACCGUCGCCGACGAUGCCGAAUUUUAACAUGGCCGCUCAGACGCCGAACGGCCAGCCGGCAGGCUCGGAUCCAGGUGUCUACACCAACGGCAUACCGCAGACUUAUGCGGGACAUGCCCUCCAUCUGUCCAUUCCAGCGCAGGGGCUGCCCAACGGGGAGGCGGCACUUCAGCAUGCCGCCGCAUAUCCUGGAAUGCAAGCUUAUGCUGGAGUGGCCGCUUACCCCGCCGUCUACGGCCAGUUUCCUCAGGCUAUUCCUCAGCCGAUGACCGCGGUGGCGCCCACGCAGAGGGAAGGAUGCUCUAUCUCAGGACCCGAGGGCUGCAACCUGUUCAUCUACCACCUGCCCCAGGAGUUCGGUGACGGCGAACUCAUGCAGAUGUUCCUCCCGUUUGGCAACGUCAUCUCCUCCAAAGUCUUCAUCGACCGGGCGACCAACCAGAGUAAAUGCUUCGGUUUCGUGUCGUUCGAUAAUCCGGCGAGCGCGCAAGCAGCGAUCCAAGCGAUGAACGGCUUCCAAAUAGGGAUGAAACGAUUAAAAGUCCAGUUGAAAAGGCCCAAGGACGCCAGCCGGCCAUACUAA